GAGAUACUCAAAUUUGACUUGAUAGACAGACACAUCUGAAGCCAUGGCUUGUGCGAAACCCAAAUGUGAGAAACCGCUGGGUUCGCCCUACUUGGCGUGCAGAUGCGGUCAAAGCUUUUGUUCAGAGGCUUGCUUUGUGGCUGUGUGGCACAGCAAGCAUUCUCGGCAAUGUCCCAAUGCCGAAGACAUCAAGAAGGAGAUGAUGGAGAAGGCCGGUGGCCCACAGGGCAUGCUAAAGAAUGGUGCGAAAUUGUUGAUGGCCGUGGCCGUGACAAAGCUUUUUGCGGCCGAUGUCUCAGCUGACUUGAAAGAAGUUUCAAAGGCAGGAGGAGAAGAAGAACCAGAUAUUCAGCAUGGGAGCCUUGACCCCAGCCUGGAAAAAAGUCUCCGUUCAGAGUGUGCAGAACUGCGGGAAGCGCACGCAGCAGCGGAAGAGAUGAAAUCUCGGCUUCAAGUACGUGUAGAAGAGUUGGACCGGGAGUUCACUGACUCUUCUGAGCGGCUGCAGCUGGCACUUCGUGAGGUUUCCCGCUUAGAGAAGCAGCUCCAAAGCAUGGAAGGAGCAGCUCGUGACCAAGGGAAUACCCAGCAGCUGCAAGCAGAGGUAGCAAAGCUCCGUGUUGAGAACACAGACAUGUGGAGAGAUGUUGCAGGUCUGCGUGCGGAGAACAAUGAUCUCAAGGAUGACCUUGGUGAGUUGAAGAAAUCCCUUCGCCAGGCAGAAGAAGCCCAUCGCCAGGCCGUAAAUCGUGCAGACGUGGCCGAAGAAGAGUUGAAAGCCAAUGGCCAAGGGGAGCAAGCGCAGCGCUUGGGUCACCAACUUGAGGAGAAAGAGCUGGCUUGUACAGAGUUGCAAUCAGAGCUUUCAAAAGCACAGCAUGAUCAUGAGGAGACGAAGGGUUUUUGUGCUGCAAUCCAACACGCAGAACAGCUUGCCAGGGAGGAACUUGCAUCUGCGACUGAAGACAAGAAUCGCGUUCAUGAAGAGAGCCAACGAUUCCUCAACGAGGCUCAAGUUGCAGUAUCAGCACGUGAUGAGCUGCAGGGGGAGUUAAGAUCAACGGUGCAGGAACUCCAAAGUAUUCAGGAAGAGAAAGGGCGCAUGGUGCAGGCUGCCUGCGCUUUGCGGUCAGAAAGAGAUGAUUUGGUGACGCAGAUGAACUCCGCAGCAGAGAGGCUGGAGCAAACGGAGGCUGAACUCAGUAGAGUGGCUCGUGAAGCCUGCUCUUCCGAAGAGUUGUGUGAGAGAUUGGACGGGGAGAGGUGUAAGCUAAUGGCCAAUUUGGAGGCUGCUGAGGAUGCAAGUCAGAAGCAAGAGGUCGAGAACGAGCAGCUUCACAGCGAGCUUUACUCCUGCAAAGAAACACAACAGAAGCUGGAUGCAGAGCUAAAGAAGGCAGUAGAGGGGCGCGCCCGAUGUGAGGAGGAUGUCUUAAGGCUCCAGACAGAUCUUAAGCAAGCUGAAGAGGAACGGCAGACGUCGAAGCAGAAGAUGGAGCAGCUCUUAGAGGAGUUGCGUGUGGCCGAACGGCGCCACGAGCGCCAAGAAGAAGAAUGCAAGAAGCUCAAGGAAGAGUGGGCGGCGGAGAGAAGCAACACUCAGGAGUGGAGAGCAUCUUGGACAAAACUUGAGAAAUGUGCGUCACUGAAACCGCACAGAGAGGGACGCACAAGAGUGAUCAGAGAGUAUUGGGAUGUUGGAUGAUGUUGGUAUGUUCUGAUGACUUUGCAAAUCAUGGAUACAUCUUCUUAUCAAUGCUUUGAGUUGAUGCCAUUUUUUCUGAGAAAUUCAUUCUGGAAGAACAAGAUCGAAACCGAUCACUGCAUGAGCAGCUAGCAGAAGCCGAGAAAGUGAAAUUUGAGGCACAGAAUGCUGAAGCGCAUCAUAGACGUUUGAGUGAGCGAAUGCAACGUCUGUUGCAAGAAGAACAGAACAAAGGAGCCA